GUGUCAUCAGGCAACAACAGACUAUGCGCGUUCUGUGUACGUCAUGUGUGCGUGCGCGCUCACAGAACUUAAAAUGGCUGCGCUUUGCGAUCUACAAAAACCAAUGCUUCUCUGUUUGUUUAUUCUUUGAAGGAGUUGUGAAAUCCUGCGGUGAAGAUGGCUGAGGUUUUGAACUUGAACAAUGAGGUGGUGAAGAUGAGGAAGGAGAUAAAGAAGGCGAGGGCGUUGAUCAUCCGGAAGCUCACCAGACAGAUCGCACAGCUGAAGAAGAAAAAGGGAAAGGCGGCGGAGGUGGAGAAGAACCAGAGGCGAGCGGCCAGGCUUCUGGAGGAGAUCCACGAGAUGAAGGAUUUGAGACCCGACAACGUCACAAAGACCGCCUUGAUGAAGGACCUCCGCUUCGAGAAGGUCUGCAAGAACCCAUACUCCACGCUGUCGGAGCGAGCCACUGCGCGGAUCGCCACGCACCCACAGAUCAGCAAGAGGAUCCGGGAGAUCAAAGCAGCCGUCGAAGCCUUCAAAGACGAACGGAAAAAGCCUGCUGGAGGUAAGGCCUCCAAACCUGGUAAGCCUGCAGAAGACCCGAAUGUGGAUGCCGUUAAAUCGGAUGAUUUGGGGGAUAAGGCGGUGAAGGAGGUGGACCAGGACGGCCAGGAGGAGGAGGUGGACCAGGUGGAGGAGAAGGUGGUGGUGGUGGAGGUGGAGGAGAAGGUGGUGGUGGAGGAGGAGGAGGAGGAGGAGGAGGAUGAUGAUGAUGAUGAUGGUAGUGGUGGUGAUGUAGAUGAAGAUGAAGAUGAAGAUGUAGAUGAAGAUGAAGGUGAAGAGAGAGAGGAAGGGCUUGGUGCAGCCAAGGACUGUUCCAGUCCCACCAAAGAAGGACCUACUGUAAAAACGGGUGAUGCCAUGAAAGUGACUCCAUCAAAAAGUGAAAUGAAGGGUCCCACAGAGGAGGCUGAGGUGCUACCUAAAGAACAACCACAAACCAUGAUAAAACUGCAAGAGCCCCCUGAUGCUGCACACAAGUUAGAAAACUCAAAAACAGCAACUACUAAGGAAAAAAAGACACUUACACCUGCAGAAAACGAAUCUCCUCAGCAAAGUCAGUCAAACCCCCAUGUGGAUAUGAAGGCGGGGGAGGAGGAAGAGGAAAGUGACUUUGAUUCAUCUGACGAUGACGACGAGGAGAAGGAGUACUUUGAUGACAGCACAGAGGAGCGUUUCCACAAGCAGUCGUCUCAGUCCGAAGCCAGCGACGAGGAUGACUUCUUCCUGGGAAAAGUGAGCAAAUGCAAGAAGAGGAAAUCCGGCCUUGGUGUGGGCGAGAAAAAGGGUGAUGGUGGCAGAAAUGUCAACCCUGCCAGCGCGCUGAAGGGGGAGGCUGAGGGCCGGGGCCAGCAGGGGUCGAAAGCAGCGAAGCUGGAGUCGGUCUUCUGCGCCACUUUGUCAGGGUCAAGAGGGGCCCCUGGGAACCGUGGGAGGGGACCCCGUGCCUUCUCAAAGCCACACGGAUUUCAGAAUGACAGGCGACAGCAGGUUAGGACCCAGAAACCAGCCCUGUUUCAGAACUGGGGAGGCAGCCAGGACAGAAAACCGAUGCCGUCUAAAUUUCAGAACCAGAGAGAUCGAGUGCAGGACAGGGGCCCUGCUUCAGUGAAGGCCAGGCCACACUUUGAGAAGCCUAGGGACCACCGAGGUGCAGCUGGGAGGUUUUCCAACCCUUCCCAGCAUGCACAGCAAGCUCUCCACCCCUCAUGGGAGGCCAGCAAGAGACGGAAAGAGCAGCAAGCCCAAAUUACAGCCUUCCAGGGAAAGAAGAUUAAGUUUGAUGACUGAUCACUUUGUCGAGGACUGAUUAUCAGGAUUGCUUCUAGGUUUCUGUUGUAUAUUCAAAGAAUAAGAGACAGACCUGUCAUAUUUGCUGUUAGUUUGGCAGUUUUGGAAAAAAAUUAUUAUGGACUGUCUUUUUAAGAGUUCAACUGUGAAUAUGGUGUACUUGUUUAUUUGACAUAAAUUGCAACAACGUAUUCCUGAGUGAUCUAGGCUGUAUUCAUUUCAUGUCUUUGAAGUUUUCUUGCUGUAUAAUAGCACAUCUUUUCAUUUUGUUAAAACUGAUGCAUGUUUUUAUGCUUAAUACAGUGAGUUUUUCUAUCA